UGUUCUUCUACCUUCGCGAUGGCAGCAGCACUUGAAAGACAGAGCCUAGUAAAGCUAUGCUCGGGAGAAACAUACGAGAAAGCACAGACGAUUCUACGACUUGCAAAAGUCAAGACUGCGAUUGGCAGUGGAUAUCUCGUCGCUCAUUCAAGUGCACUCCCAGGAAUUUGCGCGUAUCUCGCGUCAGAAGAACUGAAUAACAACGAAGUGUCACAAAAAGCCGCGGUAGCGAGCGCUUGCAUCAGUCAAAAUGAUUUUACAAAAGCUUUGAGUAUUGUGCGGCAAGCACUUAGCUCGACAGCGCAACAACACACGAGAGAUCUUGAUUACAAGUCGCUCAUUGCCACAUACCAUGUAGCGCCGGCCGAAGAGGCCUUGGAAUGGAUGUGCGAAGCAGAACGCAGUAUCCCCAAGGUUGACAUGCUUCGUAAGCGUCAUCAAGCCAGUACGGUAACUUGUGCCAUAUUUUAUUGGAUAUGUCAGAUCAUGGAGGUUCAGGGGGUGCAAGAAAAAUCACUCUGCCAAAACCAUGGCGUCCGUCUACCUGCGUUCAAAUCUGUCAUGAAGGCCCUUGACAAGGAGUGCGAUGCAGUCGCUGGCCGCAUCAAAUCCGAGCUACAAGAAAUGAAUUCUUCUGGGGCGCCUUCGAAACUCCGGACUCGUUCUUCUACUUCGCCACAGAAAUCUCCAUCUAAAUCCGCCAUGAAAGCCAACUCACGGGAUGUCACGCCAGCGAAGCCCCUCACAUUAAAACGUGCUGUGGUCUUCUCCCACAGUAUUGUCGAUGAUCCCGAUGAUACCCUAUUGCCUGAGACCCCGACUAAAAGACGUCGGGUUGAGUCACCUUCUAAACCUGGCGGAAGCGUUUUAACGCCUGCAAAACGUACCAGGGGGCCACAAAGUGCCAUACAUUCCAUAACUGCGUUUGAACAGGCUGUUAGGGGAGAUUCUACACCACGCCACGAACAGCAAAAGCCUGCGUUUCCCAUUGCCGUAUCUAUUGGCUUACACUCCUCAUUGCCUGGUCCUUCUACCCCGCGGCGCUCGCGAAGCCAACCAUCUAGACUAGUUGAAGAGUCGGCCGCUAUGGAAGUCGAUGAACAACGAUUGGAGCCUGCUGGGCCUCCUGUACGCAAACGUUUCCGACCAGUGUUCCUGGACCAGCGACAGUGGUGCAGUCGAGACCCAAAACUUACCAAGAUCUGGGACGCUGCCGCAGAGCAUAGGACGAAGAUGAUGGGGUUGUAUAGGCAUCCAUUUGAGCAGUAUCGCCCUGUUGUUACCUCCUGAGUCGUCUGACCUUGGCUCAUUGCCGAUAUCAUCACAGUUCUAGAUCAUAAUUGCCGUAUUUUGCCAUCCGCCCUCGUGUCUAGAAGUACAUGUAUCCCUCGAUUUUUUAUGGGUCAUUUCUUGAUUUUCGCGGAGAAUAAAACUUGUUCUGUGCCUGUUGUUA